UUGUUGAUGCCACCGGCAUUGGACAGGCUUCUCGCCAGCCCGUCUGCGUUGAGACUCCUUCGCGCCGCCAUCAAUGCCUCAGAGCCACCGACUGCAUACCUGGGCACCGUUCCCACCAGCUGCUGCAGCUGUCGCACACAUUCUCGCCGCGCCUAUCAGAUACCCCGUCGGAAGACUACCCCCUUAGUGAAUUGGACAAGAUUCAGUAAAAACGAGCCCCAGCAAAACGUUAAGCGAAAGCCGUCGCGAAUUCUCGGUCUCGACUCCUCCUCCAGUCACGAUCAGAAACCAGAUAAUGUUAGAGCAUGGGCGGAGCACUUGCAGCUGAAAGCGAGGCUCGAGGGGAAGGACGGAAUACGACAGGUCUGGGCUGCCCGUGAAGGCGUCUUCGAUCUCCCUACCAGCGACACUCCCGAUGCCGAUUACCUUUGGGCCACUUUCUUCAGAGUCCCUGAUCUCGUCCUCCCAACCAUUCUUCAUGCCGCUGAAGUGCGCAGAAAGACCGGCCAGCUCCAUCCUCGUCUCUAUGAGCUAUGCAUGAACUAUUGGUUACAAUGGAAGCGCUACCUGGACCAAGCGAGAGACUAUCACCACCAACUUCUAUUCCACCUACAACUUCGCAAGCUUCCUCUGAAGAGCAUAGCUCGUCAUGGCAGGCAGCACUUCACAUCCGAGAGCUACGCUGCAUUGAUGGAUAUCUACCGAACCAGCAAUGAAAAGGACGUGUAUGAUGAGGUUGUUCCUAUACUCUGCGCACGCGGUAGCGUUAGAACGGCUCAGCAGUGGCAUACCCUGUGUACCCGUCGCGGAGAUCUUCCCUCUCCGCGCGUAGCAGAACAGCGCGCAAUACAGGCACUCAUCGCUGCCGUCUCAGAUGUCAGUGAUCCCGAAGCGCACUUCGUCAGCCUCUACGCUGGCCACCCCAAAAUGAACAGCGAUUUGCUGCAGCGGCUGAAGGGUCGCGAAACAGCGCCUGUUCGUUUUGACGAUUCAGUAUGCUCGAAACUCUUUGCUACGAGAUCGUUCUCAGUGGAGAAUGUCAUCAGUGGCCUCGCCAUGGUCGGUGUCAACGAAAUUGGCCCAUUGGCUGUACGCGCCAUGGCAACUACAGCUGAGUCCAAUACUCUCAUUCUGCAGUCUUUUGAGGCAUUGAAAGCUUCGGGCAUCGCUUUACAAGGCAGCACCUUCUCUGUUGCUCUCGAAAAGUUUGCCUCGGAUGGGCGCUGGCACUUGGUGCACAGUAUGCUACAAAGCGAUCAACACGUCGAUGUCUACGACAACAUGGACCUGCAAAAAGAGCUUCUCGACUUCUAUUUGAAGAAGCAAGAUUGGGCGCAAGUGCACCGCACCCUAGCCAUCAUGAGCCUUUUCCAUGCCGACAUGGGCACCGAGUCGUGGAACUUGCUGCUCCAAGCUCAGGUCUCGCAAUUCGAACCAGACCAGAUCUUGCAUACGUUGCAGAUUAUGCGUGAAAAAGACGUUGUCGUUUAUACCUCAACCUUGGUGGCGUUGAAAUCUUUGCUCCGCCCUCGCCGACCUACUCGAAAGCCAGGCAGAUCUCCGCACGGGAAAUUCGACGACCUACGCUUUGUGACCCGAGUCUUUCUCAUGAUAAGUGACGCCAAAAUAGGAAACAUAAUGCCUGAAAUGUGGCGAGAGCUCAUCAAGCGUUACGGUAUCACCGGCAGGUUGCGCGAGCUUCGACGGCUCCUGAUCAUACUGUUAUCCUCCUACGCCCUGCGGCAAGGGAAGCAUGAAAUACACACUGUCCACCGUCUGCUACCCGGUGGUCUCCAACAGGGCCUCAUCGUCUGGGGCUUUCGUCAAGCCCUCCUUCCGAACGCUCCAUGGGAACAAUCUAUGCUAGCAGCUGCCGCAUCCAAAAAAUGGUACCGUCGCCGCUUCGUCCAAAAAGGUAUCCUGCAUCAUCUAGAUUGGAGCAUCGGUCUCAAAACCGUCGUCGAGUUCAGAGACAUGGGUCUCGUAGUGCAUCCGCACAAUGUAGUCAAGGCGCUCCAGAUCGUCUUCAUCAACCUGUUUGGCCGCGGACACUCCAAGAAGCGCGAGAACGUCAGAAUGUCCCAAGCCAAUCAAAUCUCGUAUCCGACGUAUGUUCGCAAGGUCAAUGAGAUUUGGGGAGAGCCGCUGCUUGUCGAGCCCCGCUUCUACGGCAGAUCCAAAGUCCAUGGUCUGAUGUGGCAUCCGCAGCUUCCGCGCAGCCUCCUCAGAAAAUACAUUCGCGUCGAUGGGCCUUGGAAUACCAGAGCUGGGUAUGGGUAUGGUGGUGGUGGUGGUGAGGCUGGCAAGGAUCUGUGCGCAAGUGCGACGGCGCUUCUCAGACAUCCCUCGCGGCCCGCCAAGACUGACGUCGGUGUGGAAGAACGUCCGGGCGGUGCGUCCACGGCUUCCGCGGGGAAGACAUAA